AUGGAGAUCUUUGCUGGAGGGGUAGGCGGGAGCGACGGAGUGUUCAAGGCAAGUCGUUGUCUUCUACAAAGUGGAAUAUGCUUAGGCAGCGCAUUCAAAGCCACCCUCCGACACGAAGUCUUGCAGCUGGCAAUGAUAUUUGUCUGUGGUAUCAACCAACUCAGCCCAGGCGCAUAUUUCCUCCGCCACGACCUCUUCUCAUGCAUUGUGAUGACCGUCACUUCGCCAGACACAGAGCAGUUCACAUUCGAGGCCGCCCUGCUCCUUGCAUUGCUCGCCAAUUUCCAUAAAUCCGACGCCGCGAAACAAAACCCUUACUUGCGUCACAUUCGCGAGUGCGAGAAUGCUGAGUUCAUGCGCAAAGUCUGUUGGGCCAGCAAUUUCGCUGCUUCAGCUGCAAUCAAGGCGUAUCAAGCAAUCAUGGACGAUUCGCCGCCAACCCUCGCCAGCAGCUUCAACUCGUUCCUCUCGGCACUACGUCCUGAUCGAGCCUUUGCGUCUAAACCCGUAGAUCCACCGCGGGAACUGUUCAAGAACCAACCCGUCGAAGCCUGUGUCAUCUUGCUUCCUCUCCACGAGCUCUUGUACGGUAGCCCGGUGUUCCGGCGCGUCUUCGUCAAGACGUUAGAAGGGGACACCAAGACGGCCGCCAAGAUCACCCCUCUACCUCUGACCUUACUAUCUUUAUCAUCAUAUUUAUUGUCGCAUGCGUCAUCGUCCUCGUCUCCUCGUGCGAUUGCCUAUGCAAACCUAGCACUGAAUAUCCUCCUUGUCAUGUCUGAAAACGAUGAGAUCCUGGCGGGUUUGCAAGUAGAAAGCGCUGAAGACGUCCAUCUCUGCAGACAGAGACUGCCUGCACUACCUGCGACAACACCCCCACGAUCCCCAUUGUGUGCUCUUUUGGAUUGUUGUAUUCUAUGGCUACGCCAUAACCUACAUAAGAAGCUUGAAGCAAACUCUUACAUAACAUGUAUCAGAGCAUGUACAAGAGUGAUAUGGUACCUCCAGCGCGAACAUGUCCGUCUAGAGUACCAUUGGCAGGAAUUGUGGCGCUCCCUCACCAAUCUCCUCGACUUCCUGGCGAACAAGUUUGACAACCUGAUCACCACCGGCGGUGUCGAGCAGCUCUCCCACGAAACACUGCUGCUCCUAGACCUUGCACUUUGCCGUAAUGAGCUACUACUCCCUAGCCCGAAAGCGAUCCAUGAACUGGUUUACCAAAUCGUCUGCUCUGCGGAGGUAUUCCGAAAGCAGAAAGCGAUGUUGGAUCAGCUGAGCAAUCCACACACCUCUUCGAGAAGAGUGUCGAGCGCUCUGUCAAACGCCUCGCAAGCUCUCGCCAAUAUCACCGCUGUCGCCGAACAGUACGAAGCGAAGCUGCGGGAGGCCGCUAUCCGCUCAGCGAACCAAGGCAUCCGGGCGAUAGCCAAGGAAAUCGAGAAGGACGGACUGAACUACGGACAAGAUUUGCACGGUGCAGAUGACCCUCCGUGA